CAUUUUCAGACGAAAAAUCAGAAAUCAGAAACUCAGGUGAAUCAGAAGCAUGAUUCGAGUUACGAGACCAAAACCGAUUAUCGAAUCACUGAGUUACCACCUUCUACAAAGAUGCUCCGCAAGUGGAACUCCUAAAGGAAAGGCAAAACUGAAGACAGGUCAGCCAUUAAAGCGUAACAAAGUCGCCACCAAGAAAGGUGGUGGUGGCGGCGGCGGAGGAGCAGUUGGAGAUGGAGAGGAAGCGGUUAAAGGAAAAGGAAGAAUUUCCGAUGAGAAGCAGAAGCUUUACGAGCAAUGCUUAAACGCUCCUUGUCCUGUUCGUUACUUGACACCCAAAGAGAUCGAGCGAGAGGCGCAACGUGAGAAGCUAGGGUUGAUUAGUAAAGAGAAGCAACGAGAUAUGGAGAUCCAGAAGAAAGGAGGAGCUGCUUCAAUGGGAAUUACCGAUGAGCCGAUGCGAAUUGGUACGCCGGGUUUGGAUUACAUUUCGCUAGGGAUUUUCGAAGCUGAGGAGUUGCCGAAGUACAAGCUGACGGAAGAAGAUGGAGAGAGGCUUGCUAAGGAGUAUAGUAAAGUGUUGAUGAGAGAGCAUAGAGAGCGUCGUGCAGCUGAGACUGCGCUUUUGAAUUUGAAGAAAGCUGCGAUUGAGGCAUUGCCGGAGAAUCUGAAGAAGGCGGCAUUAGAACCUGAUUUGACACCGUUUCCGGCGAAUCGAGGUAUGGCUACUCUUACACCACCUAUUGAAGGGUAUCUUGAGAAGGUUAUGGAUGCAGCUAAGAAGAGUUCAAGUAAAGAGAAGUUGAGAUGAUUUCGUUUAAAGAAAGUGUAUGAAAUAAAGAGAAGUUGAGAUGAUUCACUAAAGUUGAAGCUUUAGUCAGAAUGAAGCAGCAACGAGACAGAGAGAAAUGCCAUAGACAGAAUCUUCAAGAAAUUGUCUCUAGGGUU